ACUAUUAUCCAAAACGCUUCGGAAGAAGAAGAACAAGAUAACGGCAUGAAAAAAGGAAGAAGUAAGGAAGACGAGGAUAUAGUGGAUUUAACUGUGGAAAACGACAUAUAAACACAGACUGACCAUAGCUGGAGUUUCAUGAUGCCUGAGGUACGUGAUUUGUCAGAUGCCCUAACAGAGAUGCUUAUGGAUCCCAUCACUGGUGUAGGUGUUGUGGCCUCAAGAAACAGAGCACCCACUGGCUACGAUGUGAUUGCACAAACCACAGAUGGAAUGGAUGCUGACUUAUGGAAAGAUGGACUGUUCAAAUCGAAGGUGACACGCUACCUUUGCUUCACUAGGGUCUUCUCCAAAGAAAAUAGUCAUUUAGGAAAUGUGCUGGUGGACAUGAAGUUGAUUGACAUUAAAGAUACGCUGCCUGUCGGCUUUAUCCCGAUUCAGGAGACAGUGGACACACAGGAGCCGGCAUUCAGGAAACGGAGGCUGUGUAUUAAGUUUAUCCCAAGGGACUCCACUGAGGCUGCAAUUUGUGACAUCCGCAUCCUGGGACGCUCCAAACAGGCCCCACCACAGUAUACAUUCAUAGGAGAGCUGAACAACAUGGGGAUCUGGUACCGAAUGGGGAAGGUGCCUAGAACUCAAGACUGCUCUCCCAUGCAGAACAAUGCUUCCACCACAGCUGCCACCACCAGCAUGCAAACAGUCACCAACUCUACUUCAGUUCCUGUCCUGCCCAAACACAUAUCUAUGACCCUACCUGCCAGUUUUAGGAGGAGUACCACUCGACCUGACUAUGAACACCAGAGCUCUAACCUAUAUGCCAUCUCAGCUAUGGAUGGAGUGCCCUUUGUGAUCUCUGAGAAGUUUGCCUGUGCUUCCAGUGAGUUACAACAGGUAGACUUGAUGGGCAUAAGGAUUAAAUCCCUUGCAGAGAUUGAAAAAGAGUAUGAGUAUAGCUUUCGUACAGAGCACAGUGCAGCUGCCCGCCUGCCCCCCAGUCCUACCAGGACUUCUCUAGGUUCUGAGGCUUAAACACAUGGACAAAACGAGCAGCAGGGAAGGAAAAGCGUGUGAAGUUCCAGAGUGGAAACAAAGUGAUGCAUACUGCCUCUUAUGUACCUUGACCGUAAAACAUCCCUGCAUUAUCUGUUCAGUAUUUACUUGGAUUUAUUUACUAGUGGAAAUUGUGACUUUACAUUUGCUCAGCAUUUCUUGCCGACAGGAGUGGAGAAAAAGUGCAUAAUCCUUCAAUACCAUGAUCUAAUUAAAACCACUAUUGAAGUAAAAAGGGAUUACGAUAGAGGGAACUUGUGGGAACGUCUCAGAACUUGUAUGACUAUGCACACAUCACUACUAUACAUAAUGCAUCUAUCUGUUGCAUAUGUUCAAUAAAAUAUCUAAGUAGAGUUAACUGUUGUGUUAAAAAGUUUUAGCAUGGACACUCUUAAUUAAGAGCUUUUGAAAUUAAGUUGUUCAAAAAAGCAGAAAGAAAUGUAACUGUAUGAAAUGGGAGGAGUUAUUGUAUUUUUUGUUGUUGUUGCAAGACUGACUGCCUAACUAGCCCAGCUGAUCUUUUCUCAGAUCAUGUAUAAGUUCUGUGUUUGCCAUUGAAAACACAGCCCAAUUUACUGUACAAUAAAUGCACUUGUGUGA